UCAAUUUGAAGAAGGCAUUCACUUCCUCUGCAGCAAAAGGCAAUAAUGGGCUGCACGAAAUAGUGCUUCCUUUUCUUCACUCUACUCUCUGUUUCUUUCUUUCUUCUGCUCCUUCACUGUCAUUUGCCUACAAAAACGUGAUAUUUACGUCUCUCUUCCUCUAAAAAAAGUUGUCUUUCUUUUGUUCUCAAAGUCAAAACUUUUUCGUUCUCUGUUUUUCUUCUUCUUUUCCCUUUACCCUUUUCUGCUGUGAAGCAUACUGACCAACUCUCCUUUUUUUCUUUCUUUUCCAUGAAUCCCAGUUGAAAAUCAGGCUAAUAUUUUCUUUUCCCCUAUUCUUGUAAGGUAGUUUGUCUCUUUUCUCAAGACAAUUUAGUGUGUUCAUCAAGGAAGCUGUGGCCAUGAGGGAGAGAGGCAAAGCUUUGGAAGUUUACAGCAACGACAUGGAUUUCUAUUCCUCUGCUUCGGAAUUUCCAUGUAAGAAACACCCUUCUUCUUCCUCUGUUGGUAUUUGUGCUGAUUGUUUGAAAGAUCGGUUGAUCAAGCUAGUUUGUUCUGACUGUGGAGAGCAGAGACUCUCCUCUUGCUCUUGCUCUGAGAUCUCAUCGAAACGAAAUUCUUGUACUGUUGAAGUGGGAAGUGUUGGAAGAGUUUCGUUUUUGAUUGAGAAUGAGAGGAAUGGUGUUUCGUUGUUGGGUCCGAUUAAGCCCAAGAUAGAGAAAAGGGAGGAGGUUGUUCUUCUGGAGAGAAGUAGUAGUAGUUGUGUGGAGAUUAAGAAGAGUGGGUUUUGGAGGAUUGGGAAAUUUUUCAGGAAGAAGAGGGAGAAAGGAUGUGAGAGAUCAAGCGUUUGUGGGUUCGAUGAAAAGAGUGAUAUUUGUAUGGUUGAUUACAUGGGUGUAUCAAGGUCGAGAUCUCUCUGUAGUUUUCGUGGUAACGGAUUUUUUGGGUCAGAGGACGGUGGAGACAUGGUGGUUUCCGGUGGCCGUAGCUCGAUUUCAGGUGCUAGAACUUCGAGUGUUAAUGGAGGACUAGUCUGUGAUUCCGCUAGAAGAAGUGGAUUCAGUGAAACAGAACCGAGAAAAAGUGGUUUCGAGAGCGAUCAUAGAGAAUGUGGGAAUUAUGAUAGCGAUCAUAAUGGAUUUAGUUUAGCCAACAGGCGAGUUUUUUCUUUGAAAGAAAGUGAUUUCAAUGGAAUGGAUGAAUCAGGGUUCAUAGAUUUCAAGUUGGAUUUCACAUCAGAAUCAAAACAAGAUAUCUCUGUUCCUAAAAUGGGUUUCGGUAUGGGUUUGGGUCUUCUCUCAAACCCCAACUCUACCUUUGGGAGCACCAGAGCUUUCGACAUGGCAGCACAUGAAUGCAGCAGAGGACUUUACUGUGGUACCGCCGGCGAGGGAAUCAUUGGCAACGGCGCCGGUGGCGGUGGAGGUUCAUGUAGGAUAACAGUAAGUGACAGAGGGAUAAAGAAGGGGAGGAAAAGCUUGAAAGCAUGGAAAUGGAUAUUCAAACAUCCACCAAACUGGACGAAUGCAACUGCAAGGAAGAAAGAAGAAGAACUAAUGUCUAAAACAUGAAUUUAAUAAAGAAGAACAAACGGAAUUAUAAGAAGAAAAAAAUAGUUAUUUUUUUUUUUCUUUUCUUUUCUAUUUCAAUUUCUUGUUCUUUGUUGUGUAGGGUUUAGUACAAAUAUUGAUGUGUAUUUUUGUGGGAUGUUUGGGAAGAAUAUAGUUGGUAAUUGUUUUUACAACUUUUAAAGCCAUUCGUGUACUCUGCUCAAAAUCUUUUUUGUUUGUUUUGGGAGUAUGUGUAUGUCAUUGGACAUUGGGCAAUGUGACUGUUUGGUUUAAACAUUUUGCAUAGACAAAGACAAGGAAUGGAAGAAAGAAUGUCUCAUCAGUGACAGUUUGAUAUUAAAA